AGCACUAGCAGAUAGUCCGAGGUGAAGAAGCGGCUCAGUUUUCUCCAUCAACUCCUGAUGUAGUGAUGGUGUACAGUGAGGCAGAAGCUCACCAACCAACCCGCCGCGACCCUUUUACCGUCACCUUAGCGAGCAUGAGAAGAUGCCAGGCAUCAAGGUCCUUCUCUAUUUUGGCUUGGUGGCUGUACUGCCAGCGCUUUGCCAUCCUCACCCUCCCUGCACACUCACACAAAGGAUGGCUAUAUGUAACAACCUCCAACUCUCUUCCGUUCCCAGCAACUUGCCACAGCAAAUAGAAGAGCUUUUUUUAAAUCAGAACAGUAUUUUAAAAUUACAGAAUGAUAGCCUGUCCAAGUAUCCCUUCCUUCGCAUGUUGAGCUGUGCAAACUGCCUUCUAAAUGCAGUCGAUGACCAAGUGUUCUCCAAUUCACCUCUGAUCGAGAGCCUCAAUUUUGCCAGCAAUGAACUUCACAACAAGCACCAGCAGUUUGCGCAGUCACUUGCUUCUCUGUCCAGGUUACAAUUUCUGGAUCUUUCUAGCAAUGGGCUCACAGAGGACAUGGUUUCUGAGCUCUUACAGAACCUCACAUUUCUCAAGUUCCUAGAUUUGUCCAGGAAUAAUCUGCUGAGAUUGGAUGAGUACACCUUCCGAGAUCUUCAUCAGCUCAAAGAACUGAAUCUAGAAAGGAAUGUUUUGUUUGAGAUUGAUGGCGCAUUUGAUCACUUGAAAAAGCUCAGACGGCUCAACUUGGCAUUCAAUUCUCUGCCAUGUCUCGUGAAAUUCGAGAUGACCCAGUUGGUGGUACUGAAUGCCAGUCACAAUCUCAUUGAAUGGUUCAUAAGUAAUCAGAACCUUACAGAAACCUUUGAGCUGGAGACGCUGGACUUGUCUGAUAACCGGCUCCUGUAUUUUCCAUUCCUUCCAACCUACAACCGUGUUAAGACUCUGUUAUUAUCUAAUAAUCAUAUUAGCUUUUAUAGUGAUCUCUCACAGAAUAACUCUUCGAACUGGACCAAUAGUGUUGAGUUCUAUAAUCUGGGUGUAAAUGCUAGCAAUGUCACAGCAGAACUUUGGAGAGAUGACCUUCAUGGAGAUGUAUCUUCUGUGGAAUUGCUGGAUCUCAGUGUUAACCAGGUGAGAUACUUCCCUCAGGGGUUUCUUCAGAAAAUGCCUCAUCUCUACUGGCUGAGGAUGAGGAGCAACUGCUUAGAAUCCCUGAAUCUAACAGGAGAAGAGCUUCCUGGAACUGUGUACGAGCUGGAUGUGAGCAACAACAGACUUGUGGAACUGCGUACACACUCCAGCUCAGUCAGUGAACAAAAUAACCUUACACAUUUGAACCUGAGCUUAAAUAACAUCCUGAAGCUUCCCCCUAGAGCAUUCACUACUUUCCCCAGUCUCAGCAUUGUGGACCUCAGUUAUAACCCAGUGGGUUUAUGUCACCCUAAGGAGCUACAUAGCUCAGACUCUUCAGCCUGUGCUCUUUGGACAAGUCUUUCCUCAUUAAAACAGCUCCACAUUGCUGGAUGCAAUUUAAUCAGUAUUCCGCCAUUAGCAUUCGAUGGCACGCCACUAACAUACCUUGACCUGUCCAACAACCCAGGCCUGCACAUUGGCCAAGACUCUUUGUCAGGUCUCAGUGGGACACUCCAGCACCUAGGCCUGAGCAACACAGGUUUGCAGGACUUUAACUUUUCUCCAUUUCAACAGUUAAAAAUUUUAAACAUUUCCAAAAACUCAAUAAUGGAGCUGCCUAAAUCUUUAACGACACUGAACUUGAAGCUCCUGGACUUGAGGGACAACAUGUUGUCCACUAUUAAACCAGAACACGCUACUGUGCUAGCUAAACAAGCGCAGAUUGUUUAUAUCAGUGGAAAUUAUUUCAACUGCUGCCAGUUAGAGUGGUACAGGACGUUUGAGAAGUCCAAAAUCCUCCAUGUUGCUGAUCAUUUAGAGGUUACGUGUGUAGAUGUACAUGACCAGAGAGUAAAAGCUGCUCUUUUUGACUUUGUCAUUUGUGGGGGCAGAAGCACAGAUGAAUCUAUUUUCUGGUAUAUUUUGCUAUUUUUAGCUGUUGGUGUGUCCAUGUUGGGGGUGUCUGUCAUUUAUUUUCUGACUUUCAGACCAAGACUACUGCCACGUGUAAUUAAAAAGAAAUGUUGGAAGCCCACAACCUAUUAAAAAAACACAACCAUACAAUCAGUCCAAUAAGUCAUCAGAUACUGAAACGGUCUUGCUUUAUUCCAAGAACCAAAAAAGACACUUUUUUUUAAAUAAUGAAAAUGUCAUACGUCAUGUUUUGGUAAGUAGGCUACAGAUGUACAUGAUCACCAGCUUUGGUUAGAGACUCUGUUCAGAGUUUGUUUAUGUAGCAAAGUUCAUUAAGGUCAGAUUUCAUUGUCAGUUCCAAACCAAAUGUCAUGAUCACAGACUAUAUGUUGGGAAAUCAUUAUAAGAAAGGAUGUACUAUAUUAUUUGGAACAAAACAACAUUAACAAGGAGCACUUGUUAUGAGAAAUGCUUCAACGGCAGAGUUCUUUAAAUAGCAAUCAGAGAAACGAGCUGUUUCGUGCUUAUUAUUUACUGGUACACAACAAUAAUGCAUAAUGAACUGAAUUAAAAUGGGUUUAAUGCCUUUUUUCUUUUACCUCACUUGCAAAGCACUUCCUAGUUUCCGGAAGUGCUUUUCGACUUUCAGCUUGUUUUUUUUCUUUAGGUUUCAAUACUGCUAUUGGCCCAAAAAUGUUUGGAGGGUUUAUCCAGUAUUUCUAUUUCUUUAUUUCUUCAUCUGACAACAUUCAACUUUUACAUUAAACAUUUUUCUAAAUACUCUACCCCAGGAUCAACCCCAGUCUUAGUCUAUGUAAUUGAAAUUAGAGUUAAGUGAUGGAUUGAAGAGAUUGAGGCUUUAAUUUAAAGCUGCAAUGAAAGCAGUUUAGAUUAUGGCAUAUUAUAAUUAUUAUUAUUACAGUAUUUUAAGCCCAUGAUGAGGUUUUUUGCUGCAUUGUUGAGGAAUUUUGCUGCAUUAUUUACAAACAAAUGGUAUGGAAAUAUUUCAUUUAAUGUAUGUACAUGACCUGAGAUAAUGAUGUGUAUAUAUUAAAUUUGAACACACACUC